UCGCCGCCUUGGGCAGGAAGGGGGCCGGCGCGCUUCUCCGGAGGGCGCGAGGCAUGGCGCGGGCGGCGGGCGGCGGCGCGGCUCUGGCCGAGGAGGCGAAGCGGCUGGCCGCCUGGGCCGCCGUCGACACUCACGUGCGGAAUAAUCAAAUCCUUGGAAUUGGAAGUGGCUCUACAGUAGUCCAUGCUGUACAACGACUGGCAGCAAGAUCAAAGAAAGAGGAUCUCCGCAUUAUUUGUAUACCUACAUCUUUUCAGGCACGCCAAUUAAUUCUGCAGAAUGGCUUAACCUUAAGUGACCUGGAGCAGCACCCUGAGCUGGAUGUUGCCAUUGAUGGGGCUGACGAAGUUGACUCGGACCUCAAUCUUAUCAAAGGAGGAGGGGGCUGCUUGACUCAGGAAAAGAUCAUUGCUGGCUAUGCAAAACACUUAGUUGUUAUUGCUGAUUACAGAAAAAAGUCUAACAGCCUUGGAGAACAGUGGAAGAAAGGGAUCCCUAUUGAGGUCAUCCCUAUGGCCUACGUGCCGGUUGCCCAGGCCCUGUCCAAGAAGUUUGGGGGUGUGGCAGAGCUGAGGAUGGCCAUCAGUAAAGCUGGUCCAGUGGUGACAGACAAUGGGAAUUUUCUGUUGGACUGGAAAUUUGAUAAAGUUCAUAAAUGGAAUGAAGUGAACAUGGCAAUCAAGAUGAUACCAGGAGUGGUGGAAACAGGUCUCUUUAUCGGCAUGGCAGAACGAGUUUACUUUGGUAUGGAAGAUGGCUCAGUCAGCACGCGUGAGAAGCCGGUCCAGUGAGCAGCCUCCGUGUACAUUUGGCCUGCGUUAUGAUUUCCUGUUAGGGUGCCGUUGACAUCUUGCCUUAGAGAGUGUGUGCAGAACCCAGUGAAUGAAUGAAGCGUCCAGAUGAUUUUGCUGAAAUUGAUUUCUAUUUUUAAAUCUAUUUUUUACUUUUUCAUGAAUGUGUCUCUUUUUAAAUAGCAAUUGAUAAUGUUGACCAGAGUUUAUUUUAAACAUUUUCAUUUAGCAUUUAUACAAAAUGCUUACCAAAAAGGAUAUGACUAACAGCAUGUCAGCCACCCAGUUGCUCAGUGUCUGUUGGUGGAAUGAUGGUAACUGCAUUUUGUGGCAUUAUGUUUUUGCACAAGUUAUACCAGUUAUACCAAAGGGCAUAUCCCACUGGAACUCACAGAUGCCUUAUUGGAACCUCUUGGUUCUAUGUUUCUUAAAAUUAUUUUUUCAUAAUGUUUUUAAUAAUGCUGCUUGUCUAAUUUUGCUGUAGUGUAAUUGAUAUCUGCACUGUGUGAUAUCUUAAUAUGAAUGGCAUUUAAAGUUCUGUCUAGGAUUUAUUGUUGCAUUUUCUGCAGUGCUGUGGCUGUUGUCUUGUUGUUCUCAUAAUAUCUGAACAAAGAGAUGGAAAAAAUGGUUGCAUCCCAGGUCUGUUCCAAGCAACCACCGGCAUGCAAAGUUAGUCACAUCACUGGCCCCAAAAAUGCAGUUCAUACCUUUGGACAUUUCUGAAGCUGCAUGGGAAUCACCAUACCAGAGUGUCUCCCACAAUUCUGUGAGUAAAGUAUGAAUGUGUCCUAACAUUGGUACUUAAAGAGUGUGCCAAACUUUUGAUGCCCCCUUCCCAAAUGGGUAAGUUUGGAGUUUAGUAUUCUAGUCUCUUUACAAAGAGCAUCAUUUAUUUUCAGAGCUGCUUGAAUAGUUUAUGCCCUGAGCUCAGAAUUGGGCCUGAUUCUGUUUUACAGUGGAAGGUUCCUGGUUUACUGUUCCUCACAUGUUGAUGUUUCACAGAAUAUUAUGUCUAAAUGUAAAGAAUGAUUGAGCUUCCUGCCAGACAUACCAAUAUGUAGCCAGAGUAAACACUUCUUUAAAAUGUAUCAUAUUCCAUUUCUAGGCAAAUUUGUACAAUAAUGUCAGAAUGACUCAACAUUGAAUGUUACAAACAACAAAAUAAAAUAAACUAUAAUGCCAA